AUGAGGAGUCAUUUUUUCUUUGUCUUGCUUCUUGUAAUUCUAACCAUUGGUUAUGGAACUUUAGGAGCAGAUACUGAAAAAACUCAACCUGCUGACAACAAAUCACCACCAGAAAGUUCUGCAAAGGAAUUGAUAGAUAGUCUUGGACCGUCUCAAGAUUAUCCCGAUUACGAAAUCCCUAAAGAACUUGCACCGGACGGUGUUGUGGUGGUGGAAGAUUACGUGCCCAUUAGCCCCAUCGGCGGGCAAGAAAAUACUGAUUCGCUUGCGCAACCCGAAGCGGAUCAGAAUGUCAAAACUUCACCAUCUAGCUCUGCCUCUAGAUCUUCUUCAACCAUUUUGGUUGUUUUUGCAGCGUUGGGAGGAGCCAGCUUAUUUUUCUUUUAA